GGCAACAGAAAAACAAUCGACAUAAACAAAACACUUCUAGGUUAUAGAUAGUUUAGAAUUUUUUCUCCAAAAUUCAAGUUAUUUGAUCACAAAUCCUCCUCAAAAUUCUAGUCGUCGUUAAUAAGCUCAAAAACCAAAUGUUCAAAAACACUUUUCAAUCGGGAUUCCUCUCGAUUCUCUACAGCAUUGGCAGUAAACCACUACAAAUUUGGGACAAAAAAGUCCGAAAUGGUCACAUCAAACGAAUCACCGACAACGACAUCCAAAGUUUAGUUCUCGAAAUUGUUGGAACAAAUGUAAGCACAACAUUCAUAACCUGUCCAGCUGAUCCGAAGACAACGCUUGGCAUAAAAUUACCCUUUCUGGUAAUGAUCAUCAAGAAUCAGAAAAAGUAUUUCACAUUUGAAGUACAGGUCUUGGAUGAUAAGAACGUAAGAAGAAGAUUCAGAGCAAGUAACUAUCAAUCAACGACGAGAGUAAAGCCUUUCAUUUGCACAAUGCCGAUGCGAUUGGAUGAAGGCUGGAAUCAAAUUCAAUUCAACUUGUCUGACUUUACCAGACGCGCAUAUGGCACUAAUUAUGUAGAAACCCUCCGAGUGCAGAUUCAUGCCAACUGUCGCAUUCGAAGAGUCUACUUUUCCGACAGGCUCUACUCUGAAGAUGAGCUCCCACCAGAAUUCAAGCUCUUCCUGCCUAUUCAAAAGCCUGUCGCCAAGACAGUUACUCAACAGGCCUUAGUUUAGAAAAGAGAAAGAUUAUAUUUUAUCUAGGACAAUGAAUCACUUAAGUUUUUUUUAAAAUAAAAUGCACAUUUGCACAGGAA